AUGGCGCAGCGUGUCUCCGCGCGAAGGACCGCGGACGAAUGGCAGGACGCGUUCUACAGCCUAGAAGAGCGGCACCGACAGCUGCAGCAGCGGCUAAACGAGAGGGAGCAGGAGGUUAAACUGCUCAAGGUGGCACAGCGGCGUGGAUCGACGGCGGCAGCAGCAGCACCGCUCGCAAACAGCGGCUCUGCUCGCCCAGGUGCUGCUGCUGCUGCUGCUGCCGCCAAUGUCCAUUCACGAGCGACUGGGGCGCGCAGUGUGACGGCGGCGUCAACAGCAGCACCGCGUGCAAGUAACGAUUUGCCGAAGCCGCCACAAUUGGGGGCGUCGGAGGUGGCGCCCGCCAGUCGGUCGGAGCGGAAUGUGCAGUUCGUCUCCGCUCCUGCUGCUGCGCGGAAGGAUGACGCUGCUGCGGCAGCUGCGGAGUUUACGAGUGCCUGGUCGGCCGCGCCGCCGCCUGACCCGUCGAUGGUGUGGGGAAUGGAGAACAGCAUUCAGAACUACGUCACCGCCAAUGCCCUCUACCAUGCCAACGAGGAGUUGCGGCACCGGCUCGACGACGCGGUGAGCCUCGUACAGACGCUGCAGCACGAGCUGGCGGCGAGCCGCAGCACCGUGAAGGCGAUGCAGACACGGUUGGACGAUGCCACGCAGCAGAUGCACCACCUGGUGCGGGAACGUGACGUGGCGCAGCACAAACUGGGCGUCUCGCAGCAGGCUGUCGGCGACCUCGAGCGCAGUCUGCAGGGUCGCGCCACGGAGGAGGAGCGGCUGCGUUUCGCGCUGGAGAGCCAAGUCACAGAGCUGCGCAGCCGCCUCGUCGUGGGCGCCGACAGCAACGAGCUGCUUAGUCGCGACGUGCGCACGCUGCUGGCGGAGGUGAAGGAGAAAGCGUCGGAGGCGCAGUCGCUGCGUUCGAGGCUGUCGCUCGCCGAGGCGGCGCUCGCGUCGCAGAAGCAGAACAACGAGAACCUCCUUGUCGAGCUGCGCAGCCUCAACAGUCAGCUCGUCAAUGAGCGCAAGCGUCUUCUCGCCAUGACACGCGAGGCGCAGCUGGCGAGCCUCCGCGCAGAAGACGUGAAGGACGUGGAGGCGCGGCUCGCCGAGGCGGUGGCGGCGCGCACCACGCUCGAGCACGAGCACGUACAGCUGAUGGAGAGCCUCGUCGGUGUCACGGAGGGCGCGCUGCGACAGGCGCGCGAGGAGGUGCGACACGACAUGGAUGAGUGCCGCGCAGCCGCCGCGCACUGGGAGCAGGUGGCGCAGCUGCUCUACAAGGACAUCGCUCAGCGCACCCAGGCGCACGUGCAGUGCCGCGAGGAGUGCGAGGAGGCGAAGCGGGACCGUGACGAGGCCACCAUAGCUCUGCGUGAUGCGUGGGACGAGCUCAAGCUGUGCCGCGCGAAGCUCGACAUUGUGUGGCCGACACACCGCGCCGACACGCGCGACUUGGCCCCAGCCGAGAUACUCGCAACGUUCGGUAACUACAAGGCCGUCUUCCGCCAGCAGCGGAAGCACCAACGCCAGCACGGCUCUACCCCGACACAAGGAGCCCUCGGGCGCCACCAUGAAGCGGAGGAUGAUGGCGACAGUGAGGGCGAUGUGAUAGUGGAGCUCUGUGAUGUGCCGCUGGAGGAGCAGGUGCGCGAGCUGCACGAGGCGAACGGCGCCCUACUCGCGGAGCUCACGCAGCUGCGGCUGACGAGCGAGCUGCAGGCGGAGCGACUGCGGACGAUGGAGGGCGGCGUUCGUGAAGAGCGAGCAGCGGUGCAGGCUGCGGAGGAGGCGCUGCAGCGACGUGAGGACGCCGCGCAGGAUUUUCUGCAGACACAACUGGACCGCGUCACGUUCCUUGAGGCGCAGGUGCGCUCACUGCGCGGCUACGACGUGUCGCCGAACAUGUCGCUGCAGGAGCUUGCCGACGGGGAGACUGUAUUCGAGCUCUUCCUUGGGCAGAUCCUCUCGACGGAGACACCGGAGGGCGUGGGGCUGCGCAACGCAUUCCCGCCCCUCUUCUGCUCGGUGGACUUCUUGCUGCACGAGACGGUGACGACGCCAAUCGUGACGGGACUCAACGCUUUCUUCGACACGACCGUCGCGUUCCGCGUCGCGAUGGACGCGCUGCUGCAGUGCUACCUGCAGACCCGUGAGCUGCUUGUUCAGCUGCACCGGGUGCGGUCGCAGAGCGAGAUCCAGGAUCUGACAGACAGCCAAAACAGCGCCGACAACCGUCUCUUUGCAGAGCGCCUCUCUGCAACAUUGGCGGAAGGCACCGUGAGCUUGUGGCCACUCGUAGCGGAUGCGGCGCGCCGUGACGCGCAGCGGCCAACACUUCGUGGGCAUAUUCCGUUGCGCACCUCCAGCGGCCACCACAUCGCGUCAAUGGAGUUCGUCGUGACGGUACGCACGCCGUUUAGCGAGUCGUUCCGUGCGUUGGCCGCUAGCGCCGCCAGGGACUGGCGCCCGACACCGAACGUGAUCGCCAACGCCCCUGCGAGCAGAAUUAUUCCAGUAACAGGUGAAGCUAUGUCAACAGGUGCGGCAGCUCUAUCACUGCUACCAACAACAUCAUCAUCAGCAGCAGCAGCAGCAACGACAGGAGUGGUGAUGAAUAUGUCGCGUGGCGAUGGGCGAAUGCAGCUGGUGCCGACUCCUCACCAAUCCGAUGCGUUCGACGGCGUCUCCACGACGUCCUCCUCGACCUCACUACUGGACACGCGAGCGUCGGACAGAAUGUCCGGCUUCACGCUUGUACCUCGCGCUGCUGCCAUGGCAAGUGUCUCCACUUCUGCAUCUACGACGAUACGUAUGCUGGUGGUGGACGUCUGCAAGCUACAACUACCACACACCCUGCCAUCCAUUCCCCGCCUUUCCUGCUACUACGCGUUGGCACCACUCGGCCGGGACGUAUACCUUCCUGCCCCGCCGACGCCGCGGUACGAGUGCGAGUAUCUGCAGGAGGGCGGUGACGGCGGCACGCGAUUUCCCGUUCUCUCUAUGCGUGAGCUGCUCGCUGUCACGCGGGAGCCAUUCAUGUUGUUCUUCUUUGACGAGUCAUCGUCUGCUGCCGCGGACAGGCGGGGGCGGCGGGGCGAAGGACCGUACUGGGCUCUUGCAGUGGCGGAGUGGCGGCUCGCGCUCGAGCGCCCAGAGGAGUAUGUCUCUUUGGAGCUCCCGCUGAUGAACCAGCAGGGAGUACCUGUGCAGGGCGCUGUUGUGCGUGUGCGAUUACUCGCCACAAGCCGAGCUGAGAACGCCGAGUCGGGGCUGGCGGGGGCUCUAGAGAGGGCGCGUGCGGUUGCCGCCACUCCCCCCCUGUGGCAAAACCAAUUCCAGCAACAACAGCCACAGCAGCAGCAGCAGCAGCAGCAGCAGCGGGCUUCAAUAACCUCCCCGGAAGGCCGGGGUGGUGCGGCUGCUGUCUUCAACGCUGCGUCUGCGGCUCGUGUUGCUCAAGGCACAACAGGCAACCCGCCUAGAUCGAGGAACGCUGAAGAUUCCAUCGAAUUGGAGAUGAUCCGACGACAGCUGGAUCGUUAG